AGAUCAAACUUGUGCAGCACGACAUGAAUUCUUCCUAAUUACGAGUAGCGUUACGAGAAGUUACCUGGAUUUCCUGCUCAACAGGCGUUCACUCUGAGAAGAUCAUGGAGGGAGUCGAGGCGGAAUCCAGAGAUGAAGCAAUGAGAUCCAAAACUGCCUUUCGAUGUGCGAAAGCAGCGUUUCUGAUUUCUUCGUUCAAAUCCUUCCAGAAUCGCAACCUCAGAGCAUCUGUCGACGAACAAGCGAAGGAGAAAGAGAGGCUGAGGAAAGUUGUUGGAGAUUUGAAGAUCGAGUUGGCUAUGGAGCGUCGGAGGAAUAAGAGGAUCAAACUCUGCGGUUUGAUGGAAUUUGUUCUUCAGCUCCUGCUGGUUAUUUCUCUUUCGAGCUUCUUCCUUUUUAUCGCCUUCAAAUCUAUCUGAACUUUGAUAUAGAAUCAACGAUCUGGCCAUGGAAUUUGCUUGGAACAACCCUAACCAGUUCACGAAGUACAUUACUACUGGAUUUAUCGGCUUCCAUUUUUAUUUGUAGUUGUAGUAUAGGUUCGAAUGUGCGAAUUCUUGGAUGAGCUCCGUGGAGUCUUAAAUUUCAAUGACUUCACAAUUUUCUUGGUCACUGUUCAAUGGAAAUCGUCCAUUCAUUUCAAGGAUCAAAGAAAAGCUUCAAUACAUCGUGGAGG